UAAUCCAUCAACGACCGUUAGGAGCGGUGACAAUCUAGCUGUCUAGAAAACGCGAAACUUGCAAGACCCCUCCGUCGCUCGCUCCCAUAAAAGCCUCAAUCCCUCCACCCACCCACCUCGCCUGCAUAUCACUCGUGUGCUCGCAAACAAGCGUCCGAGUUGGAGGCGUGGCGGCCCGUUUUGCAUGCCGUAGCUCUCCCGGUGUUCCUCCCCUUCCGAACCCCUCGCCGCCUCUCCGUCUCGUGAUUCGAAUCACUGCCCCAUUGCGAACGAGCCGCCACAGCUGCUGCCAGCCUCAAGGAAGGGCCCCGGUUCCCAAUCCCAGACGGGCCAGCGGAUCGAUCGAACAGGCGGCCGGCCACUCGGGAUCGGGCCGGGGCCGCGGCGGCGCAUGAGCUCUGACGCCGCGAGGGGGCAGCGCGGCAUCAACUGCACGAGGGGCGACGCGGCGGCGAUGCCAACCUCAUCGCCCUUUGUCGGCGACAGCGGCGGCGCGGGCUCCCCGAUCCGCGUCGAGCGAAUGGUCCGCGAGCGUAGCCGCCGCUACGACAUCUUCGCGUCGGACGCGAUGGAUACCGACGCCGAGGCGGCCUUCGCGCUGGAUGGGGUCCAGUCGCCUGGACGUGCGUCACCCGCCAACAUGGAGGAUGCUGGCGGCGCGGCCGCAGCGCGACCGCCGCUCGCCGGCUCCCGCAGCGGUUUCCGCCGCCUAGGCCUCCGUGGCAUGAAGCAGCGCCUCCUCGUCGUGGCCAACCGCCUGCCUGUAUCCGCCAACCGCCGCGGAGAGGACCACUGGUCGCUUGAGAUCAGCGCCGGCGGCCUUGUGAGCGCCCUCCUUGGCGUGAAGGACGUCGACGCGAAGUGGAUUGGCUGGGCAGGCGUCAACGUACCGGACGAGGUUGGUCAGCGAGCCCUCACUAAAGCUCUUGCGGAGAAGAGAUGCAUACCAGUGUUCCUGGACGAGGAGAUUGUGCACCAGUACUACAAUGGAUACUGCAACAACAUCCUGUGGCCACUGUUCCACUACCUAGGACUACCACAGGAGGACAGGCUGGCAACAACGAGGAACUUUGAGUCACAGUUCGACGCGUACAAGCGUGCUAACCAGAUGUUCGCUGAUGUCGUGUACGAGCACUACCAGGACGGGGAUGUGAUCUGGUGCCAUGACUACCACCUCAUGUUUCUGCCCAAGUGCCUCAAGGACCAUGACAUCAAUAUGAAGGUCGGGUGGUUCCUGCACACGCCGUUCCCGUCAUCAGAGAUUUACCGGACACUGCCGUCCCGCUUGGAGCUGCUUCGGUCGGUGCUGUGUGCCGAUUUAGUUGGAUUUCAUACUUACGACUAUGCGAGGCAUUUUGUGAGUGCUUGCACUAGAAUACUUGGACUUGAGGGUACCCCUGAGGGCGUUGAAGAUCAAGGAAGGCUAACCAGGGUUGCAGCGGUAAUGCUUGGUGUUGACCGACUUGACAUGAUUAAGGGAAUUCCGCAAAAGAUUUUGGCCUUUGAAAAGUUUCUUGAGGAAAACCCAGACUGGAACAACAAAGUUGUUCUACUGCAGAUUGCUGUGCCAACAAGAACUGACGUCCCUGAAUAUCAAAAGCUAACGAGCCAAGUGCAUGAAAUUGUUGGGCGCAUAAACGGUCGAUUUGGAACGUUGACUGCUGUCCCUAUUCAUCAUCUGGACCGAUCUCUUGAUUUCCAUGCCUUGUGUGCUCUUUAUGCAGUCACUGAUGUUGCUCUUGUAACAUCACUGAGAGAUGGGAUGAACCUUGUGAGCUAUGAAUAUGUUGCAUGCCAAGGGUCUAAGAAAGGAGUUCUGAUACUUAGCGAGUUUGCUGGGGCAGCACAAUCACUUGGAGCUGGUGCCAUUCUAGUAAACCCUUGGAAUAUUACAGAAGUUGCAGACUCAAUACGGCAUGCUUUAACGAUGCCAUCCGAUGAGAGAGAGAAACGACACAGACACAACUACGCACAUGUCACAACUCACACGGCUCAAGAUUGGGCUGAAACUUUUGUAUUUGAGCUAAAUGACACGGUUGCUGAAGCACUACUGAGGACAAGACAAGUUCCUCCUGGUCUUCCUAGUCAAAUGGCAAUUCAGCAAUAUUUGCGCUCUAAAAAUCGUCUGCUCAUAUUGGGUUUCAAUUCGACAUUGACUGAGCCAGUCGAAUCCUCUGGGAGAAGGGGUGGUGACCAAAUCAAGGAAAUGGAACUCAAGUUGCAUCCUGACUUAAAGGGUCCUCUGAGAGCCCUCUGUGAGGAUGAGCGCACUACAGUUAUUGUUCUUAGCGGCAGUGACAGGAGUGUUCUUGAUGAAAAUUUUGGAGAAUUUAAAAUGUGGUUGGCGGCAGAGCAUGGGAUGUUUUUACGCCCGACUUACGGAGAAUGGAUGACAACAAUGCCUGAGCAUCUGAACAUGGAUUGGGUUGACAGCGUAAAGCAUGUUUUUGAAUACUUUACAGAAAGAACCCCAAGAUCCCAUUUCGAACAUCGUGAAACAUCAUUUGUGUGGAACUAUAAGUAUGCUGAUGUUGAGUUCGGAAGGCUACAAGCAAGAGAUAUGCUGCAGCACUUGUGGACAGGUCCGAUCUCAAAUGCAGCUGUUGAUGUUGUUCAAGGGAGUCGAUCAGUUGAAGUUCGGUCUGUUGGAGUUACCAAGGGUGCUGCAAUUGAUCGUAUUUUAGGGGAGAUAGUUCACAGCGAAAACAUGAUUACUCCAAUUGACUAUGUCCUGUGCAUAGGGCAUUUCCUUGGGAAGGAUGAGGACAUCUACGUCUUCUUUGAUCCCGAGUACCCUUCUGAAUCCAAAGUAAAGCCAGAGGGCGGCUCAGCAUCACUUGACCGGAGGCCGAACGGGAGGCCACCAUCGAAUGGCAGGAGUAACUCCAGGAACCCACAGUCCAGGACACAGAAGGCGCAGCAGGCUGCAUCCGAGAGGUCAUCCUCAUCAAGUCACAGCAGCACGAGCAGCAACCACGACUGGCGCGAAGGGUCCUCGGUCCUUGAUCUCAAGGGCGAGAACUACUUCUCCUGCGCCGUCGGGAGGAAGCGGUCCAACGCCCGCUACCUGCUGAGCUCGUCGGAGGAGGUUGUCUCCUUCCUCAAAGAGUUGGCGACAGCGACAGCUGGCUUCCAGGCCACCUGUGCUGACUACAUGCAUGUUCUUGGAUAGGCAGUAAAUAGACUGAAGUUGAAGCCUCCGUGCUUUACCAGAGACAGAGAGAAGAAGAAUAUUCAUUCCUCGUAUGCGCGACAGAGCUACACCCGUAGCUAGUCAGCGUGCUGUACAAUCAUGUACAAAAUUUAUGCUCGUGAUAAAACUGCGAGAGGGGAGCUAGCAAAUGGGAAAGGAUAAAGGAGUUUAGUUGCUUCUGGUACGAGACACAAUCGCCUGAUUUUGAGUUCUCUUCGAUUUGUUGUCCUUUAAAUUGCGCUUU